UAAACACCCCUGAUUUCUCUUCUUUUCUUUCCCCUUUUUACUGUCGUCCAAAUGAAUGAAAACGAAUUUUUUAUUUUCUAGUAAAAGAAUGCUACACGAAAAGAUCACCGUCGGUGUCGUGGUGUAGUUGGUUAUCACGUCAGUCUAACACACUGAAGGUCUCCGGUUCGAUUCCGGGCGACUCCAUUAUUUCUCCACUGGUCCACUCACUCUACCGACACAAACAAAACACAAGUUAUUAAAUUUCUCUACAACAUUUGAAUCUUGCGGUUACUAAAGCAGUAUCAUUAGAAAACAUGGAAUCCAGAAGAAGAGCCAAACAGAAGCCGGACUUGACUACAAUUCUUCGAAAAUCGUGGUACCAUUUGAGAUUAUCAGUCAGGCAUCCUUCUAGGGUGCCUUCUUGGGACGCAAUUGUGCUCACAGCUGCCAGCCCCGAGCAAGCUCAGCUGUACGAGUGGCAGCUCAACCGUGCCAAACGUAUGGGCCGGAUUGCUACCUCUACUGUUACUCUAGCUGUUCCUGACCCUCAUGGCCAGCGGAUCGGAUCUGGUGCCGCUACACUCAAUGCCAUUUAUGCCCUCGCUCAACAUUAUCAUCUCCAUCUUGCCCCCGAGGUGGCAAAUGCGGAGAACGGAAGUUUUGACAAUGAAGAGGUUAUUAUGAAAAUGGUUAGAUAUGUAGGUAGAAAGCAUAUACUAUUGCUUCAUGCUGGAGGUGACUCUAAAAGAGUGCCAUGGGCUAAUCCUAUGGGUAAAGUUUUCCUACCACUGCCUUAUUUGGCAGCAGAUGAUCCUGAUGGCCCAGUUCCUCUGCUUUUUGAUCAUAUACUUGCAAUUGCUUCUUGUGCAAGACAGGCUUUUAAGAAUCAAGGUGGAAUAUUGACAAUGACUGGGGAUGUACUCCCGUGUUUUGAUGCCUCUGCCCUGGUUAUUCCUGAUAAUGCAUCUUGCAUCAUCACUGUGCCCAUCACCCUUGAUAUUGCUUCUAACCAUGGCGUUAUUGUAGCAUCAAAAAAUGGGAUUCAAACUGAAAGUUAUACACUCAGUUUAGUUGAUAAUCUCCUUCAGAAACCCGGUGUGGAGGAACUUGUUAAGAAUCAAGCUUUAUUGGAUGAUGGAAGAACUUUGCUCGACACCGGAAUUAUAGCAGUUAAAGGAAAAGCAUGGGAGGAGCUUGUCAUGCUCGCAUGCUCCUGCCAACCGAUGAUUACAGAGCUUCUGGAGAACAGAAAAGAGAUGAGUUUAUAUGAAGAUCUGGUAGCAGCUUGGGUACCUGCAAAACAUGACUGGCUGCAACUGCAGCCCAUGGGCAAAGAACUUGUUGGAAGUUUGGGCGGACAAAAUAUGUUUAGCUACUGUGCAGAUGAUUUGUUAUUCUUGCACUUUGGAACCUCAAGUGAGGUUUUGGAUCACUUAAGUGGGGCUAGCUCGGAACUUGUAGGCCGGAGGCAUUUGUGUUCCAUCCCAGCCACGACUGCAUCUGAUAUUGCAGCAUCUGCUGUAGUUCUUUCGAGCAAGAUUGAACCUGGGGUCUCAAUUGGGGAAGAUUCUCUUAUAUAUGAUUCAUCAAUAUCUGGUGGAAUGCAAAUCGGUUCCCUAUCUGUAGUGGUUGGUGUUAACGUCCCAGUGGACAUUGGUGGAAGGACAGAAGAGUCAUUCAGAUUUACGCUCCCAGAUCGUAAUUGUCUUUGGGAGGUUCCUUUAGUGGAAUGCACAGAAAGAGUCCUAGUGUACUGUGGCCUCCACGACAAUCCAAAGAAUUCCCUUUCUAAGGAUGGGACAUUCUGUGGGAAACCUUGGAAGAAGGUCUUGCAUGAUUUGGACAUUGAAGAAAGUGACCUAUGGAGUUCAGUAGGCUCUCAGGAGAAAUGCUUAUGGACUGCGAAAAUAUUCCCCAUUCUUUCUUACUUUGAGAUGCUUAGUUUGGCCUCAUGGUUGAUGGGUUUGACUGACCAAAAAUCUAAAAGUUUGCUUUCCUUAUGGAAAAUUUCACCACGUGUCAGUUUGGAGGAAUUGCACAGAUCAAUUGACUUUUCAAAAAUGUGUACAGGCUCAAGUAAUCAUCAAGCUGAUCUUGCAGCUGGAAUUGCCAAGGCUUGCAUUAACUAUGGCAUGCUUGGAAGAAACUUGUCCCAAUUGUGUCGAGAAAUUCUACAGAAGGAAACUUCAGGAGUCAAGAUAUGUAAGGACUUCCUAGACCUAUGUCCCAAACUUCAGGAGCGGAAUUCUAAAGUUCUUCCUAAAAGUCGGGCAUACCAAGUGCAAGUCGAUCUUCUUCGAGCAUGCAGAGAUGAAAAAACUGCAUGCCAGUUAGAGCAAAAAGUUUGGACUGCAGUGGCAGAUGAAACUGCUUCAGCAGUGAGAUAUGGUUUCAAAGAACAUCUCUUGGAUUCUCCAAGUGUGCCUGCUGCAGCGCAUAAGAACAAUCAGGUUGAUGGCCAUGUCAACCAAACUUUCUGUGCUAGAAGGGUAAAGGUUGAAUUACCAGUUCGUGUAGAUUUUGUUGGGGGAUGGAGUGACACUCCUCCAUGGAGCUUAGAACGUGCUGGUUGUGUUCUAAAUAUGGCAAUAAGUUUGGAAGGUUGCCUUCCAAUCGGCACAAUCAUAGAGACAACAGAAAGGACUGGAUUGUUGAUUAAUGAUGAUGCUGGAAACCAGUUAUACAUUGAUAAUCUUACCUCCAUUGCUCCUCCAUUUGUCGUUGAUGAUCCAUUCCGGCUUGUCAAAUCUGCAUUGCUUGUUACUGGCAUUAUUCAUGAGAACAUUCUUGUAUCCAUGGGCUUGCAAAUCAGGACAUGGGCCAAUGUACCCCGUGGUAGCGGCCUUGGGACUUCUAGCAUCCUAGCAGCUGCUGUUGUGAAAGGACUUCUUCAGAUAACUGAUGGAGAUGAAAGCAAUGAAAAUGUUGCUAGACUGGUUUUGGUAUUGGAACAACUCAUGGGGACAGGAGGUGGGUGGCAGGAUCAAAUUGGGGGUUUGUAUCCUGGUAUCAAAUUCACUACAAGUUUCCCUGGAAUACCAUUGCGGCUCCAAGUCAUUCCAUUGUUGGCUUCUUCUCAGUUAAUUAUUGAAUUAAAGCAGAGAUUGCUUGUGGUCUUUACUGGUCAAGUUCGACUCGCACAUCAAGUUCUACAAAAGGUAGUUAUUAGAUAUCUUCAGAGGGAUAACCUUCUUGUGUCGAGUGUUAAGCGCCUUGCUGAACUUGCAAAAAUUGGGAGGGAAGCUUUAAUGAACUGUGAAAUAGAUGAAAUAGGGGAGAUAAUGCUGGAGGCUUGGAGGUUGCAUCAAGAACUUGACCCAUAUUGCAGCAAUGAAUUGGUGGAUAGGCUUUUUGCAUUUGCCGACCCCUACUGCUGUGGCUACAAGCUCGUGGGUGCUGGUGGCGGGGGCUUUGCCUUGUUACUCGCCAAGAAUGCUAACUCUGGAAAGGAACUGAGACAUAAACUGGAAGAAUGUUCAGAUUUCAACGUGAAAGUUUACAAUUGGAGCAUCUGUUUAGACAAAUAGAAAUAUAGAUAUACAUUAUAAAUAGCUCAUAUUAUUCUUUAGAGGGAGGCUUGUAAUUCUUUACUAUAGGUUUAAAGAGAUGAUGCAUGUAUUACAUUACUAGGGUAUUAUCUGAUGUACAAGUUCAACAUGUCCUUUUUAUACAUGUGUAUUAUGGACAGUGGGAAAUAUUUGUUGUUGAUUAUGAAAGCUUAAUAAGAUUCAGCAA